UCCUCUCUUCAACAUUUUUCACGCUCUUGCGUGAUCUUGAGAGAGUGAGGGAGGGAUUCGCCGGAGUGAAGCGGAGCAGUGAGCAAAGCGCAGUCAUGCGUUGGUACUUCGUUGCGGCGCUUCUCACUCUUCUCACAAGUUCUCAGGGAAUUCUGACAACUCUCUCCCAAACUAAUGGCAGAUAUAGAUAUGAUUACGCCACCAUUCCAUUUCUUGCAGAAAUCUUCAAGCUCCUGGUGUCUAGUUUCCUUCUAUGGCAAGAGUGUAAAGGAUCAUCCCCACCAAGGAUGACAACUGAAUGGAAGACUGUGCGGCUGUUUCCAAUUCCUUCUAUCAUAUACCUUGUCCACAACAAUGUUCAGUUUGCAACAUUAACUUACGUGGAUCCAUCAACUUAUCAAAUAAUGGGCAAUUUGAAAAUUGUCACAACUGGGAUUUUAUUUAGGCUGUUCUUGAAGAGGAAGUUGUCAAACCUACAGUGGAUGGCUAUUGUUCUUUUGGCUGUUGGGACAACCACAAGCCAGGUCAAAGGAUGCGGAGAAGCUACUUGUGAUUCCAUCUUUUCAUCACCUAUACAAGGCUAUAUUCUUGGACUGGUUUCUGCCUGUCUUUCAGCCCUGGCUGGUGUGUAUACUGAGUAUCUAAUGAAGAAGAACAAUGACAGCUUGUAUUGGCAGAAUGUACAAUUAUAUACGUUCGGUGCCAUCUUUAAUAUGUUACGGCUUCUCUGGGAUGAUUUUAGAAUUGGUUUUGAUAAGGGACCUUGGUGGCAACGUCUUUUUAAUGGUUACACUCUUACAACAUGGUUGGUUGUAUUGAAUCUAGGAUCAAGUGGGCUGCUCGUGUCAUGGUUGAUGAAAUAUGCUGAUAACAUUAUCAAGGUAUAUGCAACUUCGAUGGCAAUGCUGCUAACAAUGAUUAUAUCGAUAUAUCUUUUCAGUUUCCAGCCAACCAUUCAGCUUUUCUUGGGCAUCACAAUCUGCAUGAUGUCGGUGCACAUGUACUUUGCUCCUCCACAAAUGCUUAUCGAUAUGCCAACAGCACCAAAGACUGACCAUGAUACUCUCAAGGAUGUCGUCGUUGACUGAACAGUCGAAUCAUGUUCUUCAUUGAUUACCAAAUAUCAACACCGACAUUGACUGUUAAUCGAUUUCAGCUUUCACAAGAUGAAAUACAGGAAGCUUUUCCGACCAAUGAAGCUAAAUCCUUGCAAAGCCUGACCAGAUGGUGAACCUUAUUUGGAAGGAAAGAUAUUAUUUAGGAUUGAACCACAUAAUGCAAGCAAUGUGGACUUGAAAUUGUCACACUAAGUACACAUUUUUCUUUUUUUUUCUUUUCCCUUUUAUUCUUACUUAUCAUUGUUCUCAUUAAUCUAUUAGACUUUUAUGGACUCAAUUGUUUGAAGGAGUCUCUUUGUUAGGAUGAACUCUGAGAACAUGUGUUGAAUUGAGAAUUUAGAGAGUAACAUGGAUAAAAUCAUUUGGAUAA